GUUUGCCGUCCAGUAUCAUGCGGGUUGAUGACCUUCGUGUGUGCAGAUUUAUUAUCCAUCUGAACAAGCAGGCUCUCAACCUAUACGUGAGCCUCAGGCUUCUAGCACUAGAAGGUCUAGAACUCCCCCGCCUACGUCAGAGCUAAGUGUGCCUUUCCUCCACCCCACCACGUCCCUCUCUCCCCUCCAACCACAACUCCAUUCCAUCUCAUCCAACAUCCAAACAACCCCCGCGUCUCCUCCACACAAUCAACAAGAAUCUACCAAAUCACAAUCCCACCAAAUCCCCCCAACCACAAAAGCAACAAUGCCCGAAGCAAAACCCGUCCUCCACACCCCCGCCACAACCCUCGGCUCUUCCGCCUCGGGCGCGCAAACAGACGGCAUGCUCCGCCAAAACGCGCUGGUAAACGUGUGCGACACCAUCUGCGCCUCGCGCAUGAUCGCCAAACCGCACACGGCAAGCGCAAUCCACCACCACGCCGACGAGGACACGGUGGUGUUCGCCUUCUCCGGCCGCGGCACGAUUGUGAGCGACGGGGGGAAGAAGAAGGUCACGCUGGAGCCUGGGGAUUACGCGCUCAUCCCGGCUUGGGCGGAGCAUCAGGAGGUGAAUGAGAGUGAUGAGGAUGUGGUUUGGUGUAUUGUGCGGAAUGGGAAGGAGCCUAAGGUGGUGAAUUUGGAGGGGGGGUGGGGGACGAGUUAG